UUUUCGUUUUGUUUUCAUCUGCAUCGACAAUUUAAAAAUUAGUCUGCUGGUUGUUAUUUAAUAAGUUGAAUCAUCUUUUAUAAUGGACGAGGAAUUUGACAACGCAUUUAUUUUGCUAUGAAAAUGUUUCGGAAAUUGUUUUCUUUGUGUUCAUUUUGUCCUUAAUUGAAGCUUAAAAGUUUUCAAGAAACCGCAUUGAUAUUUCCGAUUAACUUAUCUAUUUAGAGAUACUACUUAUAUAUUUUAUUGGCAUGGAAAAUGGCUAGUCCUUCAAAUUUAUCCCGAACAUCUUUUAACUUUACCAUUUCAAAUCUUCUUCCCGAAGGCCAUGAAAAAGCCUUUAAGCAAGCAUUCUACAAUGUUGCGGCAAUUGUCUUCGUGUUAUUUAUGCUUGUUGCCUGCGUUGCAGUUUAUUAUGUCCUCGAACCUUUUCUCGGGCCUUUGCUUUGGGCAGUUUUAUUUGGUUCUGUUUUACAUCCUUUCAAACAAUCCAUGACUGUGAUAUUGAAACAAUGGUUACUCUCUUUACAAUCUUCGGGUACUCCAUUGACUGUUGGCGCGUUGACUUCUCCAUUUCUGAUUGUUGACUAUGUCUCUGAAAAGAUGUUGGAGUUUACUUUACAAUACAUCGUUUUGUUCCUGAGCAUUGCAAGUUGCGUGUUAACCACUUUCUUUUUGUAUAGUUGUGUCCCUGGUUAUGUUAUGACUUCUUUCUUUAACUUCUUAGGACAAAUGCUUACUUAUGUGUCUGCUCUUCUAGAAUUCUGCCAAGGAGCUUCCAUUUUGGUUUGGACUAUUGUUAUUGGUUAUUUGAUAAUUUUAUCCAUGUGGUGGACACCUAAGACUAAGUCAUACUUGAUUGUUUUAUCUCCAGUUGUUUGGACUAUUUUCAUCUGCCAUCUUGUUAGUAUCGCAGGGCAAUUGCGUCUUACGAUACUACUGGUCCUUUUCGCUCUCAUGUUAAUUGGACUUCUAGCUGAAAUCAGGGGAAGGUAUAAUGAAUCUGGUUCGUCUUUGGAAACUCAGGCAGAGGAAGACCCUUGUGCUCUGACUCCUAUGCAAGCAAUCCGCUCUGGAUUGGCCUGGAUAAGAGGCACUGAGGACACUUGCUCGGAGUUCCUAGAUCCAGAUGUAUCAUUUGCUUUAUCAAGCACUCCUCAUAGUAUCAGCCAGAAGGUCCAAGUAGACUCCUCCACUCCUGAAAAGAAGAGACCUACAACACUCCUGCAAGACCCAGUUAGUGAAGAGGCAAAGACUGAAGACAAAAUGAGUAAUUUUUACAUCUAUGGACUGCUGUGGAUGUGCUUCUUUGUACAGCUCUAUAGACAUAUGUGGCUUUGCUACUUGCUGCUCAUUCCCUGCAUGUACAUGGGUAUAAAACGUGCUGUUGUGAAAUUUGGUGUUUGGAGUUUUAUGAAAGAAAAGAGCCAAAGUAUUCGUGAAUCUUGUCAGGGAAUAUUUGAACAGAGAAAAGAUGCCCUCAUCCCUGCUCCCCUGAGAGGCCUAUGGAAAUUGCUGACUGUUGGGGAUAAAAAAUUUUUGGAAUUGCUUGAUGGGUCUAUCGAUACAUUUACAAGUAUGAUGGCUAUUUUUGCUGUUUUCUUUUUUGCUGUGAUAGGCACGAUUUUUCUCUGUGUUCAGAUUUAUGGUGAAAGUAUGCACCUUGUUACUGUCACAAGCAGUUUGAUUAACAAGACAGUUCAUGAUACAGAUAUUCAACAACUAGUGCCAGAGAGCUUACGAGAUGUUCAAGGAACUGUUGAUGCUGUGCUGGAUGAUGCUUUUAUGUAUGGACGUGGGUGGAUAUCUGCUACUGUCAGGAAAGCGAAAAAGAUCCAUGAACCAGUUGAAGGGAAGCCCCGAUUUCCGAGUCUAGUUCGACGCAUCAUUGAUGAUAAAAAUGAGGAACGUGCUGCAGAACUAGAGAAACAGAUCUUGGAAAUCUUUGAUAAAGUAUAUGAACUGUGGCAUUCACGCAAUGACAACAGUACCUCUCCAAAUUUAGAGCACCUUGCUUCUUUUGACAGUCUUAUCAAUGGGUUUAAAACUCUCAAUAUGGAUUUGAUAAUCAACUUUGUAAAAGAAAACAUAGGAACGUUCCUGUCUGUUUUGGAAUCAGUUUGGAUUAUUUUGAAAGGAAAUAUUACUUUGGCAUUUAGUGCAAUAACUGCAAUACUCUCGCUACUGUUUGGAGGUGGUACUGCUGUUUUGAACUUUGUGCUAAAUUUUAUUGUGUUUUCAACUUCAUUGUUCUAUCUUCUCUGUGCAAGUGGCAAUCAAUACAAACCUGUUGAAGUGUGCAGUAACUUGCUUCCAGCAGUUGGUACAGGAGCCCAUUUUGGUCGGGCAGUAGAAGAAGCUAUCAAUGGUGUUUUUGUUGCAUCAUUCAAGAUGGCUGCAUUCUAUGGACUCUACACGUGGUUUAUCCACACUAUAUUUGCUGUGAAGAUAGUCUACAUUCCAUCUGUUCUUGCAGCAAUAUUUGGAGCUGUUCCCUUCCUUGGAGCCUACUGGGCAUGUCUUCCUGCUGUCUUGGAGUUAUGGAUGGUGAAUGGACAAAUUAUUAAAGCAGUCUUCAUGCUUGUAGUUCAGCUUGUGCCUACAUCUUUUGUGGAUAGCGCCAUCUAUAGUGAAAUCAAAGGAGGUGGCCAUCCCUACUUAACUGGCCUGGCCAUUGCAGGAGGCGUCUUCUACUCUGGUUUCGAGGGAGCAUUGUUUGGACCAAUGCUGCUUUGUGUCUUGUUUGUGGCCAUGCACAUGUAUGGAGCUGUUAUCCAUCCAGGCUUGCUGGAAAGCCAACCAAGACGCCAGAGCAGAGCUUUCUCUCUUAAGAGGAUGUUUACAAUUGAGUGAUCAGUUUUGAAACCUGCAUGUAAUCCUAGUCUUCCUAUGAUCUCUAGUGCUUUCACUUUUGUUUUCAAUUCUGUUAUUUUUUUUAAUUUGCAUGUUGUAGUGAAAAAUUUAUUUUUGAAUAUUUUUGUAUGAAUAAUUAAAUUUUGUAUUUUGUUUUUCA